AUGUUUAUCGCAUUCAAAGCUGCCCCGAGCAGCGAAGAGGGCUUGCUGAACGACUCAGCCGGCGUGGGUCCACGCCGCGAGCCUGCACGUCAUGUCGUCGUCGCAAAAUCAAAUGUGAUGGGGAGAAACCCUGUGAAGCCUGUCGGUGGUACAAAAAGCCCGAGCUGUGUGGCUAUACGGAGUCUCGGUCAGCGCAAAGGUAAAACAGAAACUUCAAUACAUAAAAAUCGAAGUCGUGGCGUGUUUGAAGACAACGGCUGA